UGUCUUCGCUCAUGUCCGAUGUAACUCCGCAGCAAGUGGAUGCGGUGCAUGGGGUCGACGCUGCGGGGUGUGCUGGCGCACCCGCUGUGCCCGUCGAAGGCCUGGCUGGCGCGCUACUUCGCCAUGGUCAUGAUCGGCAUCCUCUUCAUCGGCACUGCCAUCCUCGUCAUCGGUGGCAACGGCUGGUUCCAGAUCGUCUCCGCCGUGGUGGUCGCGCAGCUGGUGGGCAUCUUCCUCAAUAAGGCCACCUCGCUGCCGCCGCUGCUGGGCAUGCUCAUCGUGGGCUUCUGCGUCCGGCAGCUCGGCUACAUCGAGUACUUCAGCGCCCGGCACGAGGCGCUCAUCUACAUCGCCAGGUCGUGGGCGCUGGUCGUGCUCAUGCUGCGCACGGGCUUCCACCUGGACUCGGACGGCGCGCGCCGGCCCUCGCCCAUGAUGGUGGGGCUGGCCAUCGUGCCCGGGGUGGUGGAGUUCGGCUGCGUGGCCGCGCUCGCCGUCUGCGUGCUCGACAUGCCCGUGCCCUUCGCCCUGCUGUCCGGCAUCAUCAUGGCGGCCGCCUGCCCCUCCAUCCUCAUGCCCUGCUUCUCCAUGAUGGGCGCGGGGCGCAGCGUCAAGGCGGUGCUCGUGGCCGUCGCCUGCCUCAACGACAUGCUCGUCAUCGUGGCCUUCGGCAUCGUCAUGGCCAUCAUCUUCUCGUUCGCCGGUGACUCGCUGCCGUACGUGCUGCUGCACCGCAUCAUGGGCGUCGGCUGCGGCUUGCUGCUCGGCGUCGUGUUCGGCGUCUUCAUCCGCUACGUCCCGGACCGCUUCGACCCGCAUGUCAUGACCAUCCGCUCGCUGAUGAUGGGCUCCGUGGGACUGUUCUCCAUGCUGGGCUUCGCCAAGAUCGGCUUCUUCGGCGGCGGCCCCGCGGCCUGCAUCGUGACGGCCUACGUGGCCAGCAGGGGCUGGCGGCCGCAGGGCUGGGGGCCCGACUACCGCGGGAACCCCGUAGCCACCGUCUUCGACGUACUGUGGCGGAUCAUGCAGCCCGUCAUGUUCUGCCUCAUGGGGGCCGACCUGGAGAUCGACAAGACGAGCUACACGAUGGAGAAGCUGCUGUGGAGCGUCGGGGUGCUCCUCUUCGUGUGGCUGGUUCGCAUCGUGGUGUCGCUGGCGGUGACGGCAUACGGGGACCUCAGCAUCAAGGAGCGAUUGUACGUGACGCUGGCCUGGGUGCCCAAGGCGGGGGUCCAGGCUGCGCUGUGCCCGCUGGCCCUGGACCAGGCGCGCUACCGCGGCGACACGGGCGACAUCCUGCGCCACUCGCGCGACGUGAUGCUGUUCGUGCUGCUGGCCGUGGUCAUCACGGCGCCGCUGUCGGCCGCGCUGCUGUCGCGCCGGGGGCUCGUCAACGUCCUGCUGCCCGCGCGCCGCAUCAGCACCGUGAGCGGCGUGAGCCGCCAGGGGCUGCAGCAGGCACCGCAGGCGCAGCAGGCGCAGCAGGCGCAGCAGGCGCAGCAGGCGUAGCAGGUGCAGCAGGUGCAGUGGGUGCAGCAGGCGCAGCAGGCACCGCAGGUGCAGUCAUAGGGUCUCUGAGGGACGCUAAUUUAGCGCAGGCCACUUCAAAGAUAAAGAGGCGACGUGUGAGUGAGACCAUCUCCGAAGUCCGUUUCGACAAAUUCGUCCGCCGGCCGCGUGCCAGCCCAUCAUCGCCGCGCUCGAACGGAGGCAGAUUCGGGAGCUUCCGGCUCAGCUUCAGCCAAAUGAACGCUAUAACGGCGACAGAAUCAGGUCGUUUAGCCAUUAUCGGCCGUAAUUUCCCACAUUCCUACAUUGUCAGUAAUUGUCGUAUAUGUAUACAAAUGUUUGUUGUCAAUAAUUCUAUUAUGGUCCGUUAUGUAUAACAUCCAGAUGUGCGUGAGCUCUUUUAAAUUGUGACAUUUUGACAUGACUGUAGACAAAUAUUACAAAAAAGAAACAAAUAAAUAAAAUUAUGACAA